AUGGCACCGCAAAGCAGAGGCACACCCGUGCCCCCAGGCCUACAAUCCAAGUCCACCCCGAAUCUUCCCACCCUCAAUCCACUAUCGGUGUCUCCUCCAAAACUCCCACAGCGAACCAACACCGCAGCCGAUCCAGUCCUCCCCAAUGCUCUCUCACCAACGAGCCCGACCUCUCCAUCCGAGGCUGCUUCCGCCGAGUCCAACACGGGCGCCGCUGAUGAGAUCGACGACAUCUUUAGCCUCGAGCCUGAAUCCUCGACCUCCUCCAAGUCCAAUUCCGACGUCGAAGGUGAAGAAGAGGAAAACGGCGAUGUCCCAAGCCCCGACGUCCGCAUGCCCUCCCGGCCACUCUACAGGCACGCCUCGCGCUCCUACACCCACCUCCCCCCAGCCCCAACCCACGGCCUCUUCCCGCCAUUCUACAACCGCCCCCCUACGCCCCUCCCGCCCUCGCCCAGCCUAACCUCCCUCCUAAUCCGGCCCUCCCGCUCUGCGCAAACAAGCCGCCCAACCACCCCCGACGACUCCUCCGACCCCGAACACCCCUCCUCGCACCGCUACCACCACAGCCGCACCAGCACCGCCGGCACGACCGCCACCUCCGCCGCCACCAACACGGGCACCACCACCCCCGCGCUCCCCUCCGCCCUAACCGCGCCCCCGGACAUACCCCGCGCCACCCCGCGCGUCCCAACCUACGAGUACUACGGCUUCGCGCUCUACCUCUUCAGCAGCCUCUUCUUCCUGAUGUACCUGCUCUGGGCGUACCUGCCCUCGCCCUUCCUGCACCAGCUCGGGAUAGACUACUACCCGAACCGGUGGUGGGCGCUCGCCGUCCCCGCGUGGCUGGUCGUGCUGGUCGGGUACAUCUAUGUGGCGCUUGCGAGCUACAAUACGGGAUAUCUGACGCUGGCGAUGGCGAGGGUGGAGAAUCUUGUGGAUGAGGCGGGGCGGAUUGCGGUUGUUGAUCGGUUUGGGAGGAUUGUUAGGGGCGGGGGGGGUGGGGGGGAGGCGAGGGGGAAGGGGGGGAGGAAAGGGCAUGCGAGGCAGGUGUCUGGUGGGAGGUGGACUGCACCUGUUGGGGUGGGGGCGUCGGAGGAGCUGGAUUGGAAGAGCUUGUGGAGUGAGGGCACGGAUGCGGUUAUGGAUGUGCCGAUUGGAGGGGUUUGUGAGAUUCUGUAUGGGGAGGAGAGGGGUGAGCGAAGGGACGGUGCGGGUACUUGA